AGAGCGACUGAGGACAAAGGGCGGAGAAGGACGACAAUGGCCAUCAUCGACCACAAGCGCCUCGAGGCGGAGCAGGAGCAGGCUCGGCGACGCGCAGCAGAGUAUGCUGCUCGCCACGAUUCAAUGAGCGCGCCCGGCAUGUCGGCACAGGACGACGACGACGAUGCUGCUGCCAACAGUGGACGUGCCGCGUGGGACCUUCAACCUCCGCCCGCGUACGAGGAGGCGAACCGGGGCGCGUCUGCUUCUACUUCUUCCGCCCAGGCACAGUCGCAAUCCUCCGAUCGAGACGCGGAAACUAGAAGAGAAGAGGAGGCACAUGAGUCAACGCCCCUUCUGCCUACAAGCAAUGAAGAAGGAGCCGGAGAAGCAGGAGGAAGGCGAGGGCGGCGAGGCCGGAGGUGGGAGAGAAGAGACUUCCGAACGAUAGCGAAGAGAAAGCUUCGCCAUGCCGUUCACUUUGCCUUUGCGGGCGCCAUCGUCGCUGGAAUUGCUCUCGUCAUUAUUUUUGCUACCCUCAAGCAUGACGGUAGUCAGGAUGAGCUCCUUCCCUCUCCUCCAGAAAAAGACGGUCGUCCCAUCGAGAUGCCCGGUUGGUCCUCGCCUGUCAGGCUUCCUCAAGACAUGUGGCCGGGACGAUACGUAGCCCUGUACAGCACGAAAGCCUUCUUCACCCUGCCCGUCACCGAAGAGGAGUUCUUUGUCUCGGCAAAGGGUGCCGCCUACUCGGGUCUCAUUACAGUCGAGGACUCGACCAGUCUCUCAGACGACGAGUGGGCGAAGCUCACCAACCACAAAAUCUACGAUCAGAUGGUCAUCGAGGUCGAGUCGCGAUUCACCGAGCAGUGGCUCCGAGACGGCAUCCUCGUGCGCAUGAUGCAGAGGGACCAUGGCAAGGGUGUAGGCCUGGGCAUUUAUUCGGGCAGUCGGCCUUUCUAUUCGCCGAGCCAGUUCAUCUCCUACCACGUCACCGUCCAUCUACCAGCGCCCAAGUGGCGCAAGAGGAACAGCGAGUCUCUGCGGUCGAACACCUCGCUGAUCCCCCACGUGAGCGUCAAUGCAGACAAUAUGCGCUUGGCCAUUGAGAGUCUCUGGGGCCGGGACGACCAAGGCUGGACAAAGGAAGGCGGCGUCUACUUCAAGACGUUUGAGAGCCAGCUGCUCAACAGUGGGCUGCAGAUCGCGCGGGCGCUCGUCGCAUCCGAGUCGGUCACACUCGUGCUACAGAACGGGCCGAUGCGAGACAUUUCCGCCGACGGUCUCCGAGCGUCGAUCGUUGCGCCCUCGAUCGAUGUCGAGACACGCAAUGGUCCCAUUUGGCUCACGAAUAUCCUGGCCAGCAACAACAUCACCUUGAGGACGGGUGCCGGUGGAAUCAAUGUCACUGGCGGUGCCCGAGCGCCGCUGAUCAAUGUGCGCAACCACGGCGGCUACAUUGGCGGGUGCUACAGGGCCGAGCAUCUCACCGUCACGACGGAGAAUGGUGACGUCGAUGCAGCCGUCUGGCUCACGGAGAGCGAUGGAGACUACGACUUGGGCUUGCCUGGCGAUGUCGUUGGCGACGGGAAGGCUAGGAACAAGUGGUCAAAAGUGCGGACCGUCGAGGUGGACAGCAAGGUGUCCGGCACUCAUGUGCGCUAUAUUGAGCAGGAUCGCUCCGUUGAACUCCACUCGCGUAUCUCGAGCCGCCUCGGCACCAUCGUUGUCGAGCAUGCCCCUGGCUUCCAGGGCUCCUGGAACGCAUCGACGAAUGUCGGCCACCUCACCGUCGAGGGCCCGAGUGACGAGGACAUCGGCAAUGGGAGGCGAAUCGUGACGGAUGCGAUUUCUGAAUGGCCAGUGGGUCACUGGGGACGAGGGAGGGUGUGGUGGGGGGAUAAGUGGCACGAGUGGAAGAUGAAAGGUUUCUCGCAUGUGUCGUCCGGGGCUGGCAGUAUCCGAAUGAGCUUUUGAUCGGGUUUCUUUUCACCCACACACCCUUACAUAUGUCUUCUUUGCUUUCUUGCUCCUUCAGCAUUCUGUCUUGCUCGACCUGUCGCUUCUGCUUCUGCUUCUUCGUAUUCUCUCUUUGCCCUGUUGCUGUAUCAUCAUAUCACGAGAAUGUCACCACCACUUUCAUUG